AUGCAACUGGUACAUUGCAAGUUUGAAGACAAGGAGUCACAAUUUGCUUGUGAGAUAGCAUUUGUAUAUGGGAUGAAUACUCAACAGGAAAGACAGGAGCUAUGGAGAAUGUUAAAACAAAUUAACAGUUCCAUCACAGAACCUUGGAUGGUGAUUGGAGAUUUUAAUACAAUCCUUUUUGUGCAUGAUAGAGUUAAUGGGAUGCCAGUAAAACAAUCAGAAAUAGAAGAUUUCCAAAAUUGCAUUCAAGAAAUUGGAUUGGGCCAACUAAAUAGAAAAGGGUGCACCUACUCAUGGUGUAAUAAACGAGAGGCAAAUGAAAGAAUCUACAGUUUGAUUGAUUGGGCAUUUGGAAAUGACUUAUGGUUUAUGAAGUAUGGAAAACUGGAAGCAUACUAUCAUAUCCCAGAAUUUUUAGAUCACUCUCCAAUUAUAAUCAGAACAGAAGUGGCCAAGCAGAAACUGCCAAGGCCAUUCAGAUUAGUCAAUGUGUUAUUAUCCCAAGAGAGCCUCCAAGAAGCAGUACAUAAAGUGUGGGAACAGCAGGUGCAUGGACAUACCAUGUACUCAAUCUGGAGGAAACUGCAGUUUAUAGAAAUAGAGACAUCCCAGAUGAACAAACAAAUGUCAAUGUUGGAGAGGAAGAUCAGUAUACUGGAAGAAGAACUGAAACAAGUACAACUAGACUUAAGUGCAGACUUGUUCAAUGAACAACUUAUAACAACUGAAAAAGAGAUCCUAAUGCAACUAGAGAAAUGGGCAACAAUACAUCAACAAGGCUCAAGUGAAGGAGAAGUGCCAUGUUUAGAUCCAAGAAUUGCAAGAGAUGUACCUUGUAUUACUGCUGAGCAAAAGCUACUUCUUAUUCAAGAAGUGACAGAAACUGAAGUAGUUCAGGCUUUGAAGGACCUGCCAGCUGAAAAAGCUCCUGGUAUCGAUAGGUUUCCAGCAGAAUUGUUUAAGAAGUACUGGCACUUGAUAGGGAAGGAUGUGACAAAGACAACAACACAAUUCUUCCAAAAUGAAAAGUUGCUAAAGGAGGUGAAUUUGAGCUAUUCAUUGCUAUUUAAUGGAGGACUUACACCCAGAUUCCAAGCCAAGAGAGGUUUAAGACAGGGAGAUCCAAUGUCUCCAUACUUGUUUGUCUUAGUGAUGGAGUAUUUGAAUAGAUCACUUACAGAGUUGAGACAUAUUCCAGAUUUUAACUAUCAUCCAAGAUGCAACAAGAUGGAGAUAGUUCAUAUAUGUUUUGCGGAUGACUUAAUCAUGUGUUGUAGAGCUGAUGUAAUUUCAGUGAAGUUGAUGAUGAAGAAGUUUAAUCACUUCUCGGAAGUAUCUGGAUUAAAGGCCAAUUUAGAGAAAAGUUCUUUAUGUGUGGCAGGUGUUAACUCAAGGUUGAAGAAUCAAAUAUUAGAAGAGAUGCGGUUUUCACAGGGGAAGAUACCAUUCAGAUAUUUAGGAGUUCCUCUAUCAUCAAAGAAGAUCACAGUUCAAUAG